UUGUGCUUUAACUUCAACUUUCUUCUAUUUGAAAGGCAUGAAGACUCAACUGCUGGUGUAACCAGUGAGCCCAAAGAGCAUUAUGGGACCCACAGUGCUUUGCUUGCUGUUUCUGGCGUCUCUUGGUGCAUCGGAGUUGGAGGAACACUUUGAUCCAGCCAAGUGCCGCUAUGCUUUGGGCAUGCAAGACCGCACUAUCCCAGAUGAUGCCCUCUCAGCUUCCAGCGCGUGGUCUGACUCGACUGCUGCAAAACACAGCAGGCUAGGGUUGAGUGAGGGGGAUGGGGCGUGGUGCCCAGCAGGUCCUGUCUACCCUAAUGAUGCUGAGUACCUGGAGAUCGACCUGCGUUGGCUGCACUUCUUGACCUUGGUGGGAACGCAGGGCCGUCAUGCAAGUGGCCACGGCAAGGAGUUUGCUCGCGCAUACCGGCUCCAUUACAGCCGCGACGGGCACCGCUGGAUGCCCUGGCGUGACCGGUGGGGCAACGAGGUGAUUUCUGGCAAUGAAAAUACAGAGGAUGUGGUAUUGAAAGAUCUGGGCCCACCAGUCAUUGCCCGUUAUGUCCGCUUCUACCCCCGUGCCGACCGUGUCAUGAGUGUCUGCCUGCGUGUGGAGCUGUAUGGCUGUGUCUGGAAAGAUGGUCUUCAGUCUUAUACAGCCCCCCUAGGCCAGAUAAUGCCACUUGUCCCAGAACCAGCCUUCCUGAACGACUCCACUUACGAUGGCCACACCGUCAGCAAGUUGCAGUUUGGGGGCCUUGGUCAGUUGACUGAUGGAGUGGUGGGUCUGGAUGAUUUUACCCAGACCAAGGAGUUGCGUGUCUGGCCGGGGUAUGACUACGUGGGAUGGAAGAACAGCUCUUUCCCCAGCGGCUUCAUUGAGAUGGAAUUUGAAUUUGACCGCCUCAGAGCCUUCACAUACAUGAAGGUUCACUGCAACAACAUGCACACGCACGGUGUCACUGUUUUCCGGCAAGUGGACUGUCUCUUCAAGCGCAGCCUGGCCACGGCCUGGGAGCCCACCCCUGUCUCCCACCCCCUGGCUGUGGAUGUGAGGGACCCCAGUGCCCGCUCCCUCACGGUGCCCUUGGAUGGGCGGCUUGGCUUGUUCGUCCAGUGCCACUUUCACUUUGCGGGCGAGUGGAUGCUCUUCAGUGAAAUAGCCUUUCUUUCAGAAAUUGUGGAUGACUCCUCUCUUUCAGCCACAAGUCGCAGGCCUCCGGUUGUGGCCCCACCUCGUUCCUCUGGCCACGACACUCCCAAUUCCCCAGCCCUGGUUUCCAUCCUGAACGAAAAAGCUGGUGUCAACUCAAACCUCACACUCCCAGAUCAGGAGAAUUCAGGGGAACCGAAAUCAAGCCUGCCAAUUGCAAAGGAUGAUAACAGCAACACCUCCAUUCUGAUUGGAUGCCUGGUGGCUAUCAUCCUGCUCUUACUGGUUGUCAUAUUCCUCAUCCUCUGGAGGCAGUAUUGGCAAAAGAUCUUGGGGAAGGCUCAACGCCGAAUCUCAGACGACGACCUCACCGUCCGGCUCUCCGCGCCCAGCGACACCAUUGUCAUUAACAACACGAUGGGGUCUCACCGGCACUCCAACCGCUACGAGCGCAUCCACUCAGGGGAGACGGAAUACCAGGAGCCCAGUAGGGCUCGCAUGAAACUGCCAGACCUGCCCCACAGUACUGAGAACUCUGCUCUGCUGCUCAGCAACCCGGCUUACCACCUCUUCCUGGCCACUUAUGCCCAGCCAAUGGGAAGGCCUGCUUUCCCGCCACCCAACCGGGUUAAACCCAUCAACACCAAUGCAUGUGGGGCUGACUACAUGGAGCCAGAAGCCACAGGUUGCCCACCUGGCUUCCAGAACAACGUGCCACAUUACGCAGAAGCUGACAUCAUCAACCUGCAGGGGGUGACUGGUGGGAACACGUAUGCGGUGCCGGCCAUCGCGGUGGACGCCCUCGCCGGCAAGGACAUGGCCCUGGGCGAGUUCCCCCGGGAGCGGCUUCUCUUCAGGGAGAAGCUGGGAGAAGGGCAGUUUGGGGAGGUUCACUUGUGUGAAGUGGAGAACCCCCAGGAUCUGCCAAGCUUGGAGUUCCCAUUUAAUGUGCGCAAAGGGCGCCCUCUGCUGGUAGCAGUGAAGAUUCUACGCUCUGACGCCACUAAGAAUGCUAGGAACGACUUCCUGAAGGAGGUGAAGAUCAUGUCUCGCUUGAAGGACCUCAACAUUGUGAGGCUGCUGGGUGUGUGUGUGAGGGACGACCCCCUGUGCAUGAUCACAGAGUACAUGGAGAAUGGUGACCUCAACCAGUUCCUUGGUGGCCAUGAGCUGGAAGACAAGAUGGGCGGGAGCCCCAGUGGGAAGCCAACCAUCAGUUACCCAACUCUGGUCCACAUAGGGGCCCAGAUCGCCUCAGGAAUGGCCUUCCUCGCUUCCCUCAACUUUGUGCACCGGGACCUGGCUACACGAAACUGCCUGGUGGGCGAAGGGUUUACCAUCAAGAUUGCUGACUUUGGCAUGAGUCGGAACCUCUAUGCUGGGGACUAUUACCGCAUCCAGGGGAGGGCAGUGCUGCCUAUCCGUUGGAUGGCUUGGGAGUGCAUCCUCAUGGGUAAAUUCACCACAGCCAGCGAUGUCUGGGCAUUCGGUGUCACACUGUGGGAGGUGCUUAUGUUAUGCCAGGAGCAGCCCUACAGCCAACUGACUGAUGAAGCUGUCAUUGAGAACGCCGGCGAGUUCUUCCGGCAUCAGGGCAAGCAGGUCUAUCUCUCCCGUCCUCCUGCCUGCCCUUUGGCUGUGUACGAGGUGAUGCUGAGGUGCUGGGCCCAAGAUGCCAAGGAUCGCCCAUCUUUCCAGCACCUGCACCGUUUCCUGGCAGAGGAUGCCCUUAAUAUGGUGUGAACCACGCUGCUGGUGGGCAGAGGAAGCUACAUUCAGGAGUUGGGUAGUGCCCCAGAGACCGUUGAUGAGGCAGAGUGAGACUGAGGGGGGCAGCUUGCUCUGGAAUCUUCUCUAGCAGGAUGUCUGUGGUGAUGUUUCUUCCUCCACAGCUCUGCUUGUGACCAUCCCUCCAUCCUCCUGCCCCAAGCCUACCAUCAUCUAUCUAUUCUGUCUCUCACCUUCUUCUGCCUUCCUGUCUCCAAUCUCCUCUUGAUCCUUUCAUUGGAUGAUCCAGAACUGCCAAAUGGAGACACCUGUCCAGGACACUCCUCUCCUUCUGCAUUUUCAGCCCAUUUACCCACCUGCUUUCUUUUUAUUCUGCUGUCUAGUUCAGUUCUGCCCAAUCCACCUUGUCCUCAUAAAGUCAGCUACACCAAUACUUGCCAUUUGACCUUAUACACACAGUCAUUCAGGUCCCUCUAGAUUCUUCCAGGGUAUUCUGUAUGUAUUCUGUUAUUUUCACUUGCUUCCUCACUAGUGAGUUGAGCCUUCCCAAGAUAUUUUAUUGUCCCUCAGUCGUCCAACACAAAAGCAGACAUAACCUGAUUUAUGAUUGGUCCAGGCUCCAGCAUGCUUAUCCAAUCUGUUCUUCUCUGUCAAUUCAAUGCUAGUAGCCAUGUCUAUGCUGCAAGGGUUAGUGGAGUGUGGUGGUCUAAAGCACACAAACUCUGUGGCUGAGAUUUUGCCUUUGCGUGGCAGACUGUUCUCAAUCACCACCUCCCCAUCUGCAGUAUGGGGUAAUAAUUAAGGCCUACCUUACAGAGCUGUUAGGAUUGCCAAGAUGAUGUUCAUGAAUUCCUGCUAUUGUUAAUGCAGAUGAUCAUGUUGGUGAGGAGCUGAUGUGAUUUUUAUUUGAUUUUUGUUAUUAAGUCUUCAGGCUUUCUUCUCCCCAAUGCUCUAAACUCUCAAACUGUGGGGCAGGCCAUCUGGGGGAGCACAAAAAGGAGUGCCUCCAUGGAGGCAUACCUGGAAACACAGGGACAGAAUUCCAGGGAGAAACAGGAUCUUGAAACUAGUGGAAUCUUCCUGGUCGUCACCAUUCUACCAGAGAAUCCUCACUGAACCCCGCUGGAUUUGUGUAUGUGGAGGGCAAGGGCGAUGGAUUGCCCUGUUGCCCCAUCCUGAUUUAGGAAAGGCUCCUGUUUUGAUGCUUCCCUGCUUGUGUUUGUAUUAGAGGCAUUUAACUUCUCCGCAGAAAUUGAGGAUAUGUUUAGAAGCUGGGGGCAGGUAGAGCUCAAAAACUUGAAGAAACCUUGUUCUAAAACAAAUCUUGGUCCUUCCUUUUCUGCUGUGCUCUUGAGAUAAGACUGAAUAAGUCUGCUAUGGCACAGUGAUGUGGGGCUAUGCCCUGUUCUUUUUUUUCUUCUCAUAUGGAGAAUUAAGCCUUUUAAACUUUGAGAUUUCUAGCUUUGUCCUGGUUCUUUUGAUUUCUGCUCUUUCACCCAAGAAUAAUUUCAUCCCACCGAGAAAGGGGGUGGGGUGGGGGUCAUCUGGAACUUUUAAUAUUCUCAGCAUUGAGGUUUUACUUUCCUAUCUUUUAAGUUUUGACUACAACUGGACUAACACUGGCUAAACAAAUAGGACUUUCUGGUCUGAGCACACUGGGAUUUUUAAAAACUGAGCACUGGACACUUGGAGAGGCUGGAAGAAGUGGCUUCAAAGGUACUUCACAAACCCAUUGUAGGCUGGGCAAACCCAGUACUAGCUGCUCUUGAAGAGGGGGUUGGGGGAGGGAGGGGAAUCCUUUUGGUCUUAGCUACUUUGACAAGGAGGUCAGAGACCAGACUUGAAGCUGGAUGUGACCACCGUUCAGCCUUCAAAAAAAGAAGAAUGAACACUGGGUUUUCCAAAAGGACUGGUUUCCCAUUCACUGGAUGUUUCAGCAGCACCGACCUCUGCUGCCAUGGAUUCAUACCAACUGGGGAGCUGGCCUGUUCUUUGUAAAUGGAGGUGGUGAGAUUGUAGAUAUUGUACUGUACAAAGCAAAGGGAGGGAGAAAGGGUGUAGUUUCCCAAAGCAAGCUGGAGUGUUGGGAAAUUGUCCAUCCCGGAUCUGUCUCCCCUCUUCCAAAAAAACCCCAAUUUUCCCACACGCAUACCCAUCACCAAAUCAAUGCUAUCAUCUGCAGAGUUGUGCUCACAGAAAUGGAAUCUGUGUACAGCCAAGCCUGCGCAGUGAAUGUUGUUGGAUCAGGUUGUUGAAUCAUAGACAACUCCUCAAAUAGCCAAUGUAGUAAGCUUUCAUUGUGGCAAUACACUAUUUGUCUUGGGUGGGGGAGAUAGAUUGUUUCCAACUUCUGUUUGGUUUCUAAUUACAAAAAUUACAACAUACUGUAUUACUGUAUCUUCCCAAAUGAAAUGUUUGCUUGAAUGGAUAGUUGUGGAAAGCAGAAUAUUAUUUAAAAAAAAGGAGAAGGAUGGGAUUUUUUUUUAAAAAAAAAUCUCAUCCAGAAUGGUAUGAAAUAAUUCGGGGUUUUCUCACUUUUGUCAAGCCCUCCCCCCAUUUGUUCUAAAAAGUGGUAAUUGUAUAAAUUGAACAUCUUUCAGAAGUUAUGAUGUACAACACAAUCUUAGGCAUGUUUACUCAGAAAGAAGUUCCAUGGGGCUUACGCCCAAGGAAGUAAUUCUGGGAUUUAACUGCAUUCCAUUGCUUUCUGGUGGAACAACCUUUGGCUUGUGGACAGAUUAAUUUUGGGACUAUUUUCAGUGGUGUGAAAUGCCUCGUUUUAUCUAGAUGUAUAUUUCUAUCUGGGGCGGGGAGGGGAAUCAGCAGUACUCAAGAGUUCUGUCUCUCAUUGCUUCUCUGUUUAAUUGCACCUCAUCCAUACUACCCUGUCACAUGCCUUUUUAUGUAUGUCUCCCCUGUCCCGGGAUAUUUGUAGUUCUUUGUUUGUUUGUAUUUUGCAUCAGGAUGUGUACAUAUUUGAAAAGCAGAGAAAAUAGACAGAUUUUUUUACACUAAUAUAUAGAUGCUUUGGGGUUUUGUUUUGUUUUUAGUCCUUUCCAUCUAUGUGGUAAAUAAAAGCGCUUUGCAUUUUGUACAGUA